AUGAAUGAGGAGCACAGUUUCUCUUGGAGUCACCCCAACGAUGUCCUUCAAGGUGUUGGUUCAAUGCACUCGGAGCCCGAGCUCGAGUUGCCCAACGGCCCCUCCUCUGAUCUAUCGCCCGGCGAAUACGAUCCAGCUUCAUUGAUGGCGCUUCAUUUUGGGCCCGACGCUCGAGCUCUUCCUCACCUUUCUCCCAGGCACGCCUCGUUCCCCAACCAGUGGCCACCUGACCAAUCAACGUCGCCGACGCCACAAUCUCUCGACCAUUCCAACUACUUCAACGCCCGAUGCUUGCGCGAGCAGGACCCAUGGAGUAUGCUCAGAGUAACUGGUGCACCUGUCAAUGUGACUUUUUCCACACGCGCUGGCCCAGUCCAACGAAUAGGCGGCUUGCCGACUAAGCGUUCCACUGGACGUUAUAGCGCACCUUCUGAAUCUGAAAGUUAUGGAGUGCAUUCCUCAGACUCUGGAUAUAGUACGCAACGUUCAAUUGCUGCCUCAUAUGCUGUAGACGCCGCUUGCAGUCCGAAUCGUGAAGCACAGGGAUACGAACAAGAUGAAAAUAUGGUGCCGUUGGACGUUGAUUCAACGCGUCAUGGCGAGGCCAUGGAUAUUGCGGAACGGCCCGAGACACCAUCCCUACUUUGCCACGAUGCGAUCAGAUGCGAUUACCCGAGUUGCCCAUGGACUGGCAAGUGUCCGUCUGAUAAACGAAAGCAUGAAGCUCGACACAGGAAGCUGUUCAAGUGUGACGAACCGAACUGUACGCGGAAAGAAGGGUUCGGUACCGUCAACGACCUUUCACGGCAUAAGAAAUGCGUACAUAAGAAGGAGCCGGAGCGCGGACCGAAGGUACUCUACAUGUGCUUUGGGCAAAACUGCCCGCGAAGCAAUAAGAAAUGGCCUCGCCUCGAUAAUUUCCGCCAACACCUCGCGCGAAUGCACAAUAACGAGGAUAUCAAUGAGUUGCUGAGAAGGUCGCACGAAUGGUAUGAGAACUGUAUAAAGCCACAAGAUAUGGCAUCCAUUUUGGCCGACAGCUUGUCAGAGGAGGCAACACCAACGCACGCCCAGCAGACACCCGAGCCGGAAAUAUUGACCCAGGACACUGACCUCGAGUUCCGAGACCCAAUUGCCCCGAUCCAUACGGCUUUCCAGCCCUCCAACAUGUUAACGCUAGAUUCGAUCAAGAGAUUUGAUGAAGAGAUGCGAGAUGUACAAGGGGAGGGCGAUCCCUUGCAGACCGUCAAACAACGGCACGAUAAAAUGGAUGAUAUGAUAUCGGAAGCGGCAGUGAGCGUGGUCAAUGCGAUGACAAAAAUGAUCAAUAAUCAGCAGCGAAGGCGAGGCCAUGUAGGCGAGGACAUCGGUGAGCAAGAGGGCGAGUUAUCAGAUCGCAACCGUGAAAUUCUGCAGAAGAUUCUGGUCGCAGCAUCGGUGCUCCUCUCGGGGGAUUCGGGGCCUGACAGUGGUGCACCCCAGGAAAAUACCAGUACUGCCUCGAACAAGGCGGGAUGGGCCCAAUGUGAGUUUUUCCCCCAAACAGACACGUCUGCACUGUGA